GUCGGAUGGCUGCAGCUUCGUUUGCUCGCACGCAUGUCCUUCGCCCUUUGUGCCACGUCACUUUCUUCAUGCAUCCACACCGUCCCACCACUCACUCCUCUACAUUCACCCCCCUACUUUUCAGCAUGAAUUCCUCGUUUCCAUCUAUAUUCACAUUCACCUUCCUUUCUUAGACACUCUUUAGGCAUCCACGCACCCCCUCCAUCGCCAUCUAACCCCUGGCAUCCGUACACGCGCCCAUCUCACCCCGAUCAUACUCCCAGCAUGGCUCUGCUCAACGGCCAGGGUGGCGAAGACAUCAUGGACGACAUGUACUGGAUCCUGCGCACGCACAACACCGCCCCGUACGAGCGCGACGAUCGUGUGAAGGAGAAUCAGGAGAACAAGGAGAACAGGGAGUACGUUACGGCGGACGAGUGCAGUCUGAGAGAGUUCCACGCUGCGCCGUUUUUGCCCUCCUUCACCGAUGCCGUGGGCAUGAAAGUCCACGGACGCAGGAAGAACGACACGGUGGAGCUGUUCGAGUGGCACGAGGGGAAGGAGACGCCUGGACUGCGCGGCCAACUCCUUUCCAAGGGCUUGACGGUGCACACGUUCGAUUCCAAGCGGCACCCCAACCCGUCGCCAUCGCUGGAAAACGAGACUACGAAGAAGAUCCCCAAACUCAUCCUCCGCGCGGGUACGAGUGAGAGAAAAGAGGAAUCGCCAGACCGCACAGCAAUGACAGCGCCAGAACGCACGCACGCGAUCAAAAAUGCCAUCAAGCAGCUGGAAGUCGCGCACAACACGACCAUCGACUACGCCCUCCUCGCCGACGCAGACAAAGCGAGUCCGCGUCUCUUGCUUUGCAAAAUCUCCGUGCAAGACUUCCGGGACUUCUUCUCCAACGGCUCUAACGGUGAAGGUGCGGCGGGUCAGCCAGACGGAGUCAAGAGGACGCUGACGAUGACGUCCCACGAAACGCCGUACCGCGUCGUCGGAUGCGUGGAAGCUGGUGAGCCGCGGAUGACGGACGAAGAGGAGCUUGACUUAUUCUUGAAGCGCAAACGCACCGCGGGUCAAGGAGAGGGCUUCCGCGUGGCUGUUUCCUUUUACGAUCUCGCUGCUGCGAAAGAGAGGGAGAGGGAGGAGGAGAGGAAGCGGGAGCGCAAGGCGGAGAAGAAGAAGCGGCAGCUGAAGGCGAGGAGUGAUGCGACUUCGUCCGUCAGUGAGGAGAAGUGCUCUUCUUCUUCGACUACAUCUGGGGAGACGGCGGGGAGCGACGACGUCGUGGAAGCAAUGAGGAAGCGCCAGAGAGAGAAAGCGAAGGAAAAGAAGAAGAGUCAAAAGGCACGCCGAAGCGAGAAGAAGAAAGAGGAGACAUCACCCCCUGCAGCGGCGGGUGCUCGCGUGACCGACAACGACGCCAACAAAAGCACCACAGACGCCACCGCCGCCGUAAUGAAGCUCCUGCGCGUCGGCGAGCCCGGCUCGAAGUACCGCCUCGUAGGCAGCGUGGCCGACAUGACGGUCCUCGAAGCGAACGAUGGAACGCAGACGCUGCACACGCCUAACGGGAAGGUGUUCGAUUUGUCCAAAGUGAAGGAGCGGGAUACGGCUAUGGAGGUGGAGAAGCGGGGGAAGUGGACGAGGAACGGGAUCGGGAAGAGGAGUGUGUGUGAGCAUAAAGAGGAGAGCAGCAGCGAGUUUUCGGAUGUGGAGGAGGAAGAAGAGAGCGAGGGUAAGGGGGUAUCGGGGUCGGAUUCGAUGGACGUUGUGUAUGCUUCGACUACCGAGGAGCUGGAUGAGGCGAUUGCUAACAGCAAAGGACAGGUGUGGUUAGUGAACAAGGAGUGAGAAGAGCGCGCGGGUCGGAUGGCGAGCAAGUGCCUCCAAGGUCGACGAGUUAGUAGAAGAGGUUGGACGGAAGGGAAAGGGUUCACAU